AUGAAUUUACAAGUUCCCAAGCUGCCAGAAUUCGAUGAGAAAACAUAUGAUCCAGAUCAACAUGUUUUACACUAUGAAACUGCCAUGACUCUGUGGCAUUACAACGAUGAGUUGAUGUGUAAGAUGUUUCCACAGUCACUGACUGGUGGAGCAAUAACGUGGUUGAAUCAGCUCCCAGCACAGUCGAUCGGGACUUACCAUAAGCUGGUUGAAGAAUUCUGCUCUCACUACAAAUACAACAGAAGUGAUCGGAAGGGAUGCCACACAUUUUUCCUUUUGGGAAUUCGGAAGGAGGAAAUCAUCAGAAAGUUUACUCGACGCUUCAAGCAAGAGUUGGCUGAUGUGGAUGGUGCCAACGAUCAGGUCGUCAUCGCGGCUUUCAAGCAGAGACAACCAAAGACUCUGGAAGAACUGUAUGAUCGAGCAGAAGAAUACGCUCGAGUUGAGGAUGAUUCCAAAGCUCGAGAGACAAGAGAAGUUAACAGAUCAUCCAAUCAUCCAAAUGAUGGGAAGAAAGACAAGUCGAAGAACCGUUCGAGUGGGAAGCAUAAUGAUCGAGGUGAAGUUCGAGAGAAAAACCAUGGGGAACGAAUGGAAACUGGAUAUCAGAAACAUCAUGAUAUGAAGCUGACACCAUUGAACAUACGGCUUACAGAGUUGUAUCAGAAAAUAAGCAAAGAUUUGAGCCCAUCACGGCCUUUGACAACGGAGACACGUGAUAAAAGCAAAUACUUCAAUUAUCAUAAAGACAUUGGUCACACGACUGAGAAUUGUCGCUCCUUACAGAUCGAAGUCCAGCGAAUGAUAGACGCUGGAAAGCUACAAGAACGGGCAUCAGAAGAUGAGACCAGGAGAAAGCUCAGGCAAUUAAAUGAAUGGUACGUGAAAAAUCACAUCGAUUUUGUCAGUGGAAAUGGAACAGAAAUUCUGGAGCUUGGAUGCACAAAGAUCGAGUUCUCUGAAGCAGACAUGAUAGGAGCUUAUUCUUGUAUGAAUCUCUCACACAACUUGAUAGAGGAUGAAGAAAAUCCAAUUAUCGGCUUCAGUGGCGAAGUUACAAAGGCGAUUGGGAAAGUAAAUAUGCUUAUAACAGUGACUGACAAGUCCGUUCUAGGCAAGUUUUUGUUGCUAGAUUGCCGAGCUCCCUAUAAUGUGAUCGUAGGAAGAGACUGGAUGCAUGCGAUCGGUGCAGUUGCAUCCUCGUAUCAUCAAUGCCUGAAGUUUAUUACCCCUGAAGGGGUCGUGAAGGUUAGAAGCGACCAGAUGGCCGCCCACAAGUGUCACGGGAAUGUUAUGGAUGAAUACAGGAAAUCAGAAGUUAGCAGUAACCAUAUCCUGCGAGUUAAACAAAAAUAG